AUGGACCCAAGGAUCCGCCAGCUCGAUUGCGGCCGAGGCAGACACGACGGCAGCCACCGCGUCGACCCCGCCAAGAGCGGGUGCCUCAGAAGGAAGACCAGCGCGUGCGGGAGGUCGACGCAAUUCGCUCGACCUCAGUCCCACGUCUGGCUCAGCGGGGGAGUUGGUCAGGCCCGUCGUAGCCACUACCUGCUCCAAAUCAUGGUCGAUGCAAUUCGCUCGACCUCACAGUCCCACGUCUGGCUCAGCGGGGGAGUUGGUCAGGCCCGUCGUAGCCACUACCUGCUCCAAAUCAUGGACACCUCACCAAGGAUCUGCAAUGGGCGACGAUGCGUUGCUGAAGUCACCAUUGGAUGCCUGCUCUAUCUUUUUUCUCAGCAGCUCCAUCUCCUCCCUCUGUUCCGUCUUGUGAUAGCAAUUCAACUACAGUCUACAUGUCCUUUGGUCUUGCAGGUCAUUCUUACCUUGCAUUUAGAAUUUCUGCAACAUGGUACGCUUUGCUAGAACCUCAUUGGUAAGAAAUGAAUGUUCAUGAAAGGUAAUAUGAAGUAU